UCAGUUUUCACGGACGUGGUUUUUUUGAUUCCCCCAAAAAUUAGCAAAAAUUACAGAAAAUGGAUCAAUUUGAGGAGUUUAUUGAUCCAUCUCAAAUCAAGGAAGAGCCGGACAUUGAAGAAGAUAUGGAAAUUGACACAACUAUGCAAAAGAGUGAAGAAUUUUGGAUUGAAGAAGAAAUUCUGGAAGAGGAAAUCCCAGAUGAAUCUUCGGAUGAAGAUUGUUUGGAAGAACCAGAAGAAUCUGUACAAUACCUACAUUACGAUUGGUUGGAUGAAUACUACAUGGAGAAUCAAAGGAUACUGCCCUCGUCGUCAGAAGAUGAAGAUGAGGAGACUUCCAACAAUCCACCUGAACGAUGCACUUCCGGAAAUGUCGAUGAUGAAGAUUUUUACAAAACUGCCAAAGAUGGAACGAGGUGGAAAAAGACACCGUAUGUUAUGCAAACACCUCCUGCUCGUAGGGUAGUCCAUGGACCUGUGAAUGAAGUCCAUAUUCCCGAAGAAGAAGAUUUAAAGCAUUAUCAGACACACUUCCUAGGACUCUAUUUGAAUCCAAUCAUCCCCAUUGUAACGUUCUAUACGAACAUGGAGGCGGAACGUGUCUUUAGCUCCAUGGGAAAAGUCUGGAAGCCCAUAGAUGAUGUUGAAAUGUCUGCAUUCAUUGGCCUCCUAAUCCUGAAUGGGAUUCUCAAUCUCAACUCACGCCCUGUUAAGACGAUCUGGAGUAAGUUGUAUGGGGUGAAUAUUUUUCAAAGUACAAUGAGACGGGAUAGAUUCUUGAAGAUUCUUCGUUUCUUGCGAUUUGACGACAAAACUACCAACUGUGGGGGUAAUUUGGCUCCUGUUCAAGAAAUCUGGGAUGUCCUGAAUCAUCUCUUGCCGACCUAUUUGAUCCCUGGACCAAAUCUCUCAGUUGAUGAGCAAAUUGUGGAUUACAGUGAGAUAACUGGUUCUCAGAAGAACAUAAAGUACAAGGCAAAUCGCGGAAUAGAUAUUAUUUGGCUAACUGAUGCAGCAACAGGCUAUCCACUGAAAGGUAUUGCCCAUGUGGGUAAAUCGAAGAGCUCACCAAGUAAUACAGCAGCAAAAGCUAAUACAGUGAUGAACCUGACAGAGGGAUACUUUGGGACAAACAGAAAUAUCACCUGCAACAGUGACUUCACAUCCCUGGAAUUGGCAAACGAUUUGAAAGCAAACGGUUUGACCAUUACAGGCACAGUGGGAUUGAGUAGGAAGUUCAUCCCACUUGAAUUCCUACCCAAUAAAACAAGAGGAGUUUUCUCUUCAAUUUUUGGAUUUUCCGACAACUCCACAUUGGUAUCGUACUCACCGAAGAAGCGGAAAUUCGUGAUGCUUCUCUCAUCAAUGCAUCAGACACCGCAGAUUUCGGGCGAAAAGAAUACCCCCGUGAUCCUCUCACACUACAACGCCACAAAGCCAGGAACUAAUGCAGUAGAUCUCAUGAUUAGGAACUACACGUGCCAAAGGAGGAAUGUACGAUGGCCUGUACGCUUCUUCCUGAACAUGUUGGACGUUGCUGGACUAGCAGCAUACAUUGUCUACACGAGAAAGUAUCAACUUCAGUACCAAUCUACGGCCAAAUGUGAUCAGAGACGACGUUUCUUGCAAUUGACCGCUGAAGGACUCAUCCGGCCGCACAUUGAGAGACAAAAACCAAGAGCAGCUGAAAUGCUGCCCUACAUGUGCGAUGAGCCACAGCAGCCACUACUUGUCGCAGCAGCAUCAGGCUCAUCGAAGUCUGUUGCAAGAGCAUAUUGUCACGUUUGCAGGGCACGUACACGUGUUAAUUGCAAUAAGUGCAGGAGGAAUACUUGCAGAAAUCACAUUAAGCAAAUUUGUGUUAAAUGUUUUAAAUAAAUAUAAUAACAUUAAGCCUUU